AUGCAGAGACUUGUAUGGGUCGCUCUCUUACUUCUAUACCAUGCACGUGCUGUCUUAGCGGCCGGUAAUACGACAUGUCUUAGUGGUCAACUGGACUGGUACACAACCGCAGUCGGUGAAACGCCCUGCGCGACAUAUCAGCAGCUUCGACAAAUAUGCAACAGUGCUUACGUGGUUGGAAAUUUCAGUUCGACCACCCCCGGUGAUCGUUGCGAUGAUCAAGUCUCGGAUUGCUGCUGCAAUUCUGUCGCAUUCGGAUUGAGCAUGCUCUGCAUGAAUUGCCAAGAAGAUGCUGUCUCAGGCAAUGUAGCUGGAUUCGAUGCCGCUCCUGGAACAUACACUACUUAUCUUGCUGGUUGUGGUCCUAGCGUCAAUCACUCGCUUCCAGCAGAUAUUCAACAAGCUGUGUGCAAUGAGAACAUCAAGAUUGAUAACUUUUUAUACGAUAUCUAUUGGUCCGAUGGAUCCUGUCGAUGGACGGCCGAUCAUGCAACAGAGCAGCAGGCGAUAAACAACAACAAUACUUUCACGGUUUGCCCGAACCAAGUCUUGGCUUCGACAUCCCUCCCCACAUCUACAACGGUCAAUACUGCAGCUGCAGCUGCCUCUGCCACUCUCACUAGUAUUAUCUCUGCAUCGCCUUCCAGCUCUGGGAAUACUACUUCAGUCACGGUGGCCUCAUCUACUUCUAACUCAAAGACAGCCAUCAUCGGUGGUGCAGUAGGCGGCGUUGCGCUCACCAUAAUCGCCUUGCUCGGUGGUGCUUACUGUUAUAGACGGAGUAAACGACCUCGUGUGAUCCAGGAUACGCCAACCGUGUUUCUGGGCCAGUCACGUGGUGUCCAGCCGAUGUACGGAGCGUCCGUCGCGGAUACUGAACCAGGUGCUUGUACUCGUCGUGUGUUCAUUCAAGCACUCACAAUAUUCCCUAGCAGCCACUCAGAGACACAGUAG